GUACAACAACAAUACAAAGUGAAUGUAUUUACGCAAAAAAAAUUGUCGACAAGAAAAUUGUUUCAUUAAAAUAAAUUGAAAUGAUUUUUAUAAUUUUGUUCUGAACGUAAUAAGUUCGAGCAUGUCUCAUAAUAAUUACGCUGGCGAUAUUGUAAAUUUGAAUGUGGGUGGGACAAAAUUCUCAACAUCACGACAAACACUGACAUGGAUUCCAGAUACAUUCUUUACAGCAUUGUUGAGUGGCCGUAUUUCCAGUUUGCGAGACGACACUGGUGCAAUAUUCAUCGACCGAGAUCCACAUUUGUUUAGUGUUAUUUUAAAUUAUUUACGGACUCGUGACAUUGAUCUAAAACAAAUCGACAUUCGGGUCUUACGGCACGAGGCCGAAUAUUACAACAUUUCGCCACUGAUUAAACGACUGAUUUUAUGCGAAGAUUUGGGUCAUUCGUCUUGCGGAGAUGUAUUGUUUUACGGUUGCUUAUUGCCGCCAAAUAUUCCGAUACACGAAGCAAGCUCGAAUGCAAAUUUAAACGGAUCUGAAUCGGAGCCAAGGUCCAGCACAUCUAGCACAUCAUCUCAAUUCUCCACAUGCUCGAUGAGUAAUGUCAAUCAACAACACGCUAAGCCUGGAUCCAUGGUUCGGGUGCCCGAAUUGAGUUCAGCUGCUCCGACUGCUGGAGCACCCACAACACGACAUUCCCGAAAUUCAUCAUGGGAUCGUCUGUCAUACAGUGGAAACGGUUCGUCGAGAACCGCGCAGGGUUGGCAGGCAGCCGGUGUUGGACAUUCCCGUACCGCUUCACUUGAUCUGCGACAUUCUCGUAACUCUUCAGCUGACCUGAACAACAUACGUAGUGAUGCUGGCCUGUUUAGUUACAACAAUACUGCGAGUGGUUGGUCAGAUCCGCUGCGAGUACAAAUUAUCAAAGCUCAUCACAAUGUAAUAUCAGUUGCAUAUCCCCACUUCGUCACUUGCUAUCGACUGAAGGACUCUUCUGGUUGGCAGUUGAUGUUCACGUCACCUUAUGUUGAACAAGAAAUAUCAAGAUUGGCCAUCAACGCUAAAGUCAAUUUUUCAAGCUCAGGCGAACAAGCGUUGAGUAGCCGCAUGAUUGCAAUUUCGUAUGGAAAUCAAAUUCGACUUUGGCGCUUGACAGACGACGGAUCCAAAACGGACGUUGGAGUGUUCGAUUUACACGUCCGUGUAGAAUAUUUAUUUUUCAUUGGUAGUCAACUCGUUGCUUUAUCGUCGUCUGGUAAAAUCGGUGUUUGGCAUGCAAUGACUCAACACUGGCAAAUUCAAGACUUAGUGCCAAUUUUGUCUUUCGACACGGCUGGAUCGUUUCUAUUGUUAGGUUGCAAUAAUGGGUCGAUCUAUUACAUUGACAUGCAAAAGUUUCCACUACGGAUGAAGGAUAAUGACCUUCUGGUGACAGAGUUGUAUAAGGAUCCUUCGAAUGAUCAUAUUACGGCAAUUUCUGUUUACUUAACACCAAAGACGACGAGUCUGUGUGGAAAUUGGAUUGAAAUUGCAUACGGUACACGCCAAGGAUUAGUUCGAGUUAUUGUUCAGCAUCCCGAGACAGUCGGUCAUGGACCUCAACUAUUUCAAACAUUCAGCGUACAUCAAAGUCCUGUGACCAAGGUGACUCUUUCGGAAAAAUAUUUGAUUUCCGUUUGCAGUGAAUAUAAUCACGUCCGAACAUGGCGUGUAACUCGAUUCCGUGGAAUGAUAAGUACACAACCAGGCAGUACACCAGAGGCAUCGUUCAAGAUCGUGUCAUUAGAAGCGACUGAUAUCAACUUCAGUUACCCAGUUGGAAAUGAUUUUGGACCUUUCGGAGAACAGGACGAUGAACAAGUCUUCCUGCAAAAGGUCGUUGUGGUUACAGAUCAGAUAUACGUUCGCCUAGCCUCAAACGGCGAACGGAUAUGUAUAAUCAAGUCUGUGGAUGGCACGACCAUCACAUCAUUCUGUGUGCACGAAUGUGAAGGAUCGUCGAGAAUGGGCUCCCGGCCGAGACGAUUCAUAUUGACUGGCCAUUCGAAUGGGCAAAUUCAAAUGUGGGAUUUAACGACCGCAUUGGAAUUGAUAGCGGAGAAUAAGCCGAUUCAAGAAAUUGUUCACGGUGGCCCGACUGCUAAGGAGCUGUUGAGAUUAUUGGAUCAAUGCGAUUUGACGAAUAGCCUGUGCUCCACACCGUGUAUGACACCUUGUUCUUCUGUUUCGACCAUUACUCGAUUGAAAGCAUCUAAUGUGGCGUUUUUAAAUCAAGUGCAGAACACCGAGUGAACGACUGCGGUUAGAAAUUGAAUUUUUGUGUUAUCGUUGCCGUUUGAAUGAAUUAUGAAGUUGAAUAAGUGUAAGGUUGGAGUUUUUUGAUGAAGUCCUUUUCUGAAUGUCUACAUGUACCAAUGAACUAUAAAAUUUUGAAUUCCUUAAAACUGCAAGCAGAAUAAUAAAAUUAUAUUGAGAGAGCAAA